AUGGCUCCUGUCGGCGGUGGUGCUGGGGACUUUGAGGUGGCCGCUUUGGCUCGCCGCAAAGCACUUGCUGGUGCCUCGGGACCCAUGGCCUUGAUCAAGAAUGCUAGAGUCUUUGGUAUCGCAUGUUUCGCUUGUUUGGGAGGUCUCCUCUAUGGUUACAAUCAGGGUGUCUUCUCUGGUGUACUCACCAUGAAUUCAUUCAAGCAGCACAUGGGCAACUACAUCGAGGACCAAGAGACUCUUACGUGGAACUCCUCCAAGCAAGGUUGGCUCGUAUCCAUUCUCGAACUCGGUGCUUGGUUGGGAACAAUGUACUCUGGUUUCCUCGCUGAGAUUCUCUCCCGUAAAUACGCUAUUCUCGUCAACGUUGCCAUUUUCAUCAUCGGUGUCGUCGUUCAAUGCACCGCUUCCGCAGGCCAGGGCCACAACGCUAUUCUCGGUGGUCGUUUCGUAACGGGUAUGGGUGUCGGUUCGCUCUCGAUGAUUGUACCCAUGUACAAUGCCGAGAUUGCGCCUCCUGAAGUUCGUGGCGCUCUUGUCGGUCUCCAGCAGUUGAGCAUUACGCUUGGUAUCAUGAUCAGUUUCUGGAUCGACUAUGGUACCAACUACAUUGGUGGCACUGGCAGGGGCCAAAAGGAGGCUGCAUGGCUUCUUCCCCUCGCUCUCCAACUUGCUCCUGCCGUCCUUCUUGGCGUCGGUAUGAUCUUUAUGCCCUUCUCUCCUCGUUGGCUCGUUCACCACGGCAAGGAGGAUGAGGCUCGCCGCGUUCUCGCACGCCUCCGUGGUUUGAACCAGGACCACGAACUCAUCGAACUCGAAUACGCGGAGAUUCGCGCUCAGAGUCUGUUUGAGAAGAAGUCGCUCGCAGAGCGAUUCCCUCAUCUCCAGGAUAUGAGCGCUUUUUCAAUCUUCAAGCUGCAGUUCGUCGCUAUUGGCAGUUUGUUCACCACGAGAGGCAUGUUCAGGCGUGUGGCCAUCUCUACGCUCACAAUGUUCUUCCAGCAGUGGACUGGUAUCAACGCGAUUCUGUACUACGCACCGACCAUUUUUCAAGGAUUGGGCCUGUCUGGCAACUCGAUCAGUCUGCUUGCGACUGGUGUUGUCGGUAUCGUCAUGUUCCUCGCAACCAUUCCUGCAGUUAUGUACGUCGACAAACUCGGUCGCAAGCCCGUCCUCGUCUCAGGCGCCAUCGGCAUGGCCGCCUGCCACUUCAUCAUUUCCGGCAUCGUUGCUUCCUACGAAGACGACUGGCCAAGCCACCAGGGUGCCGGCUGGGCUGCCUGCGUCAUGGUCUGGCUUUUCGUCAUCUUCUUCGGCUACUCCUGGGGUCCCUGUGCAUGGAUUGUCAUUGCAGAGAUCUGGCCCAUGUCGAACCGUCCAUAUGGUAUCGCGCUUGGUGCCUCUUCCAACUGGAUGAACAACUUCAUCGUUGGCCAGGUCACACCAGACAUGUUGACGCACCUGCGCUACGGAACCUACAUCUUCUUUGGUAUUUUCACGGCCAUGGGCGCGGCGUUCAUCUUCUUCUUCUUCCCUGAGACCAAGGGUCUUUCUCUUGAAGAAAUGGACACCCUCUUCGGUUCCGUCGGUACCGCUGAGCGCGAGAAGGAGCGUUGGGCUGAGGUUCACAGGGAGGUUGGUCUUACUGAUAUCCUUGAGCGCUCUGGUGCGUACCACGACAGUGGUGCUGCGGACUACCACGAGAAGAGCAGUCUGGAGAAGGAGAAGCCCCAGGUCAUGGAACACGCUUAG